UCCCUCGGUGCGGCGGGGGCAUCCGGCUCUGAGGCGCCGCAUCAUGUGGGCUCUCGCGGAGCCGGGCCGCUGCGAGACGACGACGGCGCUUUUGCGGAGUCUCCUCCUCAGUGAGCGGGGCCAUGAGGCGCUGAGGCGAAAGGAGGAAGCGGGAGUCAGUGCCAGUCCCCUGAGCGAGCGGCGAAGCAUGUAAACGAGGCAGAGGAAGGGAGGGAAGAAGCUGCCACCGCCGAAAUCGCAGCCUCGUCAGGCUCCUUCUUGUGCGCAUGCGCGGGCCCCCCUCCCUUGUGUGCUGUGGAGGGGGGCAACAUGGCGACGUCUAAUCUCUUAAAGAAUAAAGGUUCACUUCAGUUUGAAGACAAGUGGGAUUUCAUGCGCCCCAUUGUUCUGAAGCUUUUACGUCAGGAAUCUGUAACAAAACAGCAAUGGUUUGAUCUGUUUUCCGAUGUGCAUGGAGUUUGUUUGUGGGAUGAUAAAGGCCCAGCAAAAAUACAUCAGGCUUUGAAAGAAGACAUCCUUGAUUUCAUUAAACAAGCACAAGCAAGAGUGCUCAGUCACCAAGAUGAUACUGCACUUCUGAAAGCCUAUAUUGUAGAAUGGCGUAAAUUCUUCACACAAUGUGAUAUAUUACCUAAGCCAUUUUGUCAGUUAGAGAUCACUCUCAUGGGCAAACAAGGCAGCAAUAAGAAAUCCAAUGUAGAAGACAGUAUUGUACGAAAGCUCAUGUUAGAUACUUGGAAUGAGUCCAUAUUUUCAAAUAUAAAGACUCGCCUUCAGGACAGUGCAAUGAAGUUGGUCCAUGCUGAACGACUGGGGGAGGCAUUUGAUUCUCAACUAGUCAUUGGUGUUAGAGAAUCCUAUGUUAAUCUGUGUUCCAAUCCAGAAGAUAAACUCCAGAUUUAUCGGGAUAAUUUUGAAAAAGCAUACCUUGAUUCAACAGAGAGAUUUUAUAGAACUCAAGCUCCUUCGUAUUUGCAACAAAAUGGUGUACAGAAUUAUAUGAAAUAUGCAGAUGCUAAACUAAAGGAAGAAGAAAAAAGAGCACUACGGUAUUUAGAAACCAGACGUGAAUGUAAUUCUGUAGAAGCGCUCAUGGAGUGUUGUGUUAAUGCUCUGGUGACAUCUUUUAAGGAGACCAUUUUAGCAGAAUGCCAAGGCAUGAUCAAACGAAAUGAAACUGAAAAGUUGCAUUUAAUGUUUUCAUUGAUGGAUAAAGUUCCCAAUGGAAUAGAACCUAUGUUAAAAGAUUUGGAAGAACAUAUUGUUAGUGCUGGAUUGGCAGACAUGGUAGCAGCAGCUGAAACCAUUACUACUGAUUCUGAAAAAUAUGUAGAACAAUUGCUUACAUUAUUUAAUCGAUUUAGCAAACUGGUUAAAGAAGCUUUCCAAGAUGACCCAAGAUUUCUUACCGCAAGAGAUAAGGCAUAUAAAGCAGUUGUAAAUGAUGCUACUAUAUUUAAACUUGAAUUACCACUGAAACAGAAGGGAGUUGGAUUGAAAACACAGCCAGAGUCCAAGUGCCCAGAACUACUUGCUAAUUAUUGUGAUAUGUUGUUAAGAAAAACACCGCUCAGCAAAAAACUAACAUCUGAAGAAAUUGAAGCAAAGCUUAAAGAAGUGCUGUUGGUACUGAAGUAUGUGCAAAACAAAGAUGUUUUCAUGAGAUACCACAAAGCUCACUUAACAAGGCGUCUAAUAUUGGAUAUAUCAGCAGACAGUGAAAUAGAAGAGAACAUGGUAGAAUGGCUAAGGGAAGUAGGUAUGCCAGCUGAUUAUGUAAAUAAACUGGCGAGAAUGUUCCAGGAUAUCAAAGUAUCUGAAGAUUUGAACCAGGCCUUCAAAGAAAUGCACAAAAAUAAUAAGCUGGCCCUUCCAGCUGAUUCUGUGAAUAUCAAAAUUUUAAAUGCUGGAGCCUGGUCCAGAAGUUCUGAAAAGGUGUUUGUAUCACUUCCCACGGAAUUAGAAGACCUCAUUCCAGAGGUGGAAGAGUUCUACAAAAAGAACCACAGUGGCAGGAAGCUUCACUGGCAUCAUCUUAUGUCCAAUGGCAUUAUAACUUUUAAGAAUGAAGUUGGCCAGUAUGAUUUGGAGGUAACAACAUUUCAGCUGGCUGUCCUUUUUGCAUGGAACCAAAGACCCCGAGAGAAGAUCAGCUUUGAAAAUCUCAAAUUGGCAACAGAACUCCCUGAUGCAGAGCUUAGGAGAACUUUGUGGUCUCUUGUAGCAUUUCCAAAGUUGAAACGUCAGGUUUUGUUAUAUGAACCUCAAGUCAAUUCGCCCAAAGACUUUACAGAAGGAACCCUCUUCUCAGUCAACCAGGAGUUCAGCUUAAUAAAAAAUGCUAAAGUUCAAAAAAGAGGUAAGAUAAACCUAAUUGGUAGACUACAACUAACCACAGAGAGAAUGCGAGAAGAGGAAAAUGAAGGGAUAGUCCAAUUAAGAAUAUUACGAACCCAGGAGGCUAUCAUCCAAAUAAUGAAAAUGAGGAAGAAAAUUACUAAUGCUCAACUUCAGACUGAACUAGUAGAGAUAUUAAAAAACAUGUUCUUACCACAGAAGAAAAUGAUAAAAGAGCAGAUUGAAUGGCUUAUAGAACACAAAUAUAUCAGAAGAGAUGAAUCAGAUAUCAACACUUUUAUAUACAUGGCAUAGUGUGAAGACUCUUACAGGAAGAUGCAGAGAAAUGUGUGAUGAAGGUGGUUUGGGUGAACGAAACUACAAAACAGACUUCUGAAGAAGGACUAGUUUGACUCGCAUUGCAUAUUCAGAUCCCUGCCUUACCUUACCAGAGGACUUUGUUUUGCCAACCUUUUUUUCAGCUAGCAUGAUGGCAUUUCCUUCAUGUUGCACACUUUUUUAACAGCAUGAUGUUCUUUUUUUGUUGGGGAAACUUUGCAUUCAUGGAGAGCCCAUUGUGAGCUUUUUAAAGGUUUGAUUUGAACCCAUUUGGAACAGAAACGAUUUGGGUUUUUUUAGAGGAACAGUACUUGCACAAGGAAAAUAUCUACACUUAUUCAUGCACUGAAGAACUGUUGUUAAAUUUUCACAUUAAAACAAACGGGACUAGAAGUAGCACUUCCCACUUUGUGUUUUGGAUCAACAGCCUAAAUAUAUUUUCCCAAUUUUGAUCUCUUUGUGUGUAUAAAAUGUGAGCAAGACACAUACAUGACAUCUGAAGAUAUAUAUUUAACUGUUGGCUCAAGCAAGUGCUUCAAUAUAACAAUGGAUUUUGAAUAUUGAGAAAUAAGUGAUGCUAAACAAAAUAUAUCAAAUAUUUCACUGUUCUUUGCAGAACUGGGUAAAUUCAUGUUUAUUGGACAGAUGGUUUGUUUCAAUACCCUCCAUUUUUAAGAGACAGAGGUGGUGCUUUAUAUUUAAGAAAUGUGUUUCAUGGAUUGGUCUACUAUGGUGAAACAAAAGGAAAUAUUAAGUGUAUUUCUUUGUACAUUUAAUAUUUGUAUUUACUGUUUUAGUAUGCUUCUGAAUGCAUUAAUUAUAGCCGGUGCACAAAUCCCCCAAAAUAGAAAUUAACGUUUUGACAAUCCCUAUACAUUUUCUUCUUUUGAUUAUUUAUUUGAAUCUAUGUAAUACAGUUUUAUGCUGAAAAAAAAAGCCUGACUGUGUGGAAGAAGACAAUUCUUAUUUGACCCGUUUGAUAUCCAUAUGCUGACAGAGUGACACAAAUCCUAACAGGCUAUAAGGCUUGUCUAUCAAAAACUCCUGCAGCCAACAUCGUUUACUUGAGUGGAUUGUGCCCUUGUUCUUUUUCUUUAUUAAAAUAUCUGCUUCGACAUUAAAGAAGCCAAGGAACCCACACUAAGGCUUUAAAGCAAAGUCUGAUUUACUGAAAUCAAAGUAAUUAUUACAUCAACAUUUGAAACAAAUGCUAAUAAUGAAGCAAUUCUAAGGAAUGUCUUCUUUACCUUUCCCUGAAUAACUGCUGAGUUGCUGCUUUGUCUAGAUGAUUUGAAAUUUCCAUCAUGUUCUAGAUCCCUUGUAGUGGUUUCAGUGCUGCCAGCAUAUGAAGAAAGAAAGGAAAAAGGAAGGGAGAAAAGAUGUUUUUAUUGUACCGUAUUACUACUACUGCUACUAUACACGUGAAUGCAUCUGUGUAAAGCUCCCUUUCAGAUUGUAGUGACCCAGAACAGUCAUCCUUCCCUUUGGUGGUUAGUGGUUAUGCAAACGAAUCCUAUGUGUUGCUGUUUAUUGGCUGAAGAAUGAGAUCAGAUGGAUUGUAAUCGAGGUAAAACGAUUCUGGUAAGAGCAGCUGUAUUUUGCAGCAAAGAUUUACUCUUUUGGAAACACAAAAGUCAGUAACUACAACAUACCAGCUUCUAAAUAUCAUAUAAUGUUGGGAUAGAGAGUAAAGACAGUGCAGAAUAUGCCAGUGAACAGCAAGCUUCAAUGAAUCUGUAAAACAGGGAGAUAAUAAUAGAGUAGUGGUUUAAAGUCGUGACUUUCCUGCAUUUUCUAUUCUUAGUAGAAUAGAGAACAAUAUUUUUUAAAAUGUUCAAACGUGAAUUAGAAUUGCAAUAUUUCAGCUUAAAAUAGUUGUGGACAAGACUUAAAGAAAAUGUUUUACUACUUAUAAAACACUCAGUAUAUGUUAGCAGGAAGAACACUAUUGUUAUUUUCCCACUGAUUAUCUGCAUUUGACUGGAAGUUCCUUCAGAAAUACAUAGGAAAUUAAAUUCAAUAGAAUGGUAUACCUCCUGUUAAAUUACUUUGACAGAGUGCUUUUAAAUUGUAUGCUUCCUAUUAAAUUCAGAUGUGGACUAGGAGGUAUGAUAUCUUAAAUAUAAUGAGCUCUGAUCAUAUUAAAUUUCUUAGUACUAUUCAGACAUUAGAAACCUUCAGACUUAAUUCAUUUUUUUAAAUUUCCAAGCAGUGCAAAAGUUUCUGAUGGGAUUGUGGCUCUUCAAAACUACCCCCUGCUCUUUCUUUCUAGCUCCUUGCACCCCAUAGAAAUGAAGCAUCCAUGGCAGCACAAAGGCUGCAUUUUGAAGGGGGAAUUGCCCCAAAUCCACGCACAUCUGGAAGCACUUUAGGAGCACAGGUGGGGCUGUUGCGGUUUCAUCUGUCUUGUUCAUUUCCAUAGAAGGAAAAUACUGAGUGCUCACUUUGUCUCCAUCUCAUGCGAUUCUUUCAUAUGAAAGCCAAUUCAAUGUGUUUAAGGCCAGGGAAUUAAAACAGACAAUGUGCCUAUAAAGUGGUUCAGGGUUUUUCUUUCUUUCCUUUUUUCCUGUCUGUGGGAACAGCAUGUCAUGCAAAAUACUGAAUCUGAAAAUCACACCAGCGAUUUCCUUACAGCUGCAAAAUCACCUUUUCGCAUCCUUUGUUCAGGACACUUUCACCAAGAUGCCCUUAAGGCUAAGGUUAUCAGGAAUGGUAAAAAAUAUAUAUACUAGUAUGCAGAAGUAUGAAAACAUCCAAAUCUUUCCUUUAAAAAAUAAACAAACAGUCAUUGCAAUAUGGCAACAUGACACUUUUAAAGCUGAUUUUAGCUUUGGAUGUUUUUCUCCAAAGACUUAGCAUUAAAGAGGUGCUGCUUCUCAAAAAUGUGUGUUGCCACAAGCACUGCCAUUGUGGUUUGUAUUAAGUAAUAUUAGCUGUGAAAAAUAAUGUAGGUUGCUUUGAUUUUUAAAUGCAGGUGUUUUUGACACAGCCAAUGAGGUUCACACUUAAUUUUGAAGUCUUCCAUUUAUUUUCCUUUAUCUCUCUGCUGCCCUCAUUUCCUACCUAUUCCGUUGCUUAAGUCUGUUCUUGUUGGAGCAUAGUAUAGCUAAAUUUAAUUUUUAGUGAUGGCUUUUUCCCUUUUAAACAAAGAGCAACGUGACUUGAGUAGUCAAACACUUUGAAUUUAUUUGCAUUAAACUCUCUGUUGUUAAAAGGUACAGAUUUUUAAAAUACAGCUGAGAUACAUAUUUGGUAGCUUCACUGAAAGAUUGGGUAUCUUGAGCGCAAACCUGUUUUCUAUUUUCAUGGAACCGACUGGGAUGCUUUCUUUGUAAAUUCAAGGUCCUGUUUGUGAAAUAAAACAGAGCUCGGGGGCUUUUCUGUUCAUAGACUAUAUGUAGCCUGGAGUGCAGCGCAAAUUGAGUUUCCUAGGUUGUAAUAUCUCUUGUCUACAUAUGGUUAUCUAAAGUUUUGAAUGUGUGCCACUACAUACUAGAUAAUGCUGUACAAUUUUGACUGGUAGCAGAUUUUUCCUUGUAUGGCAGUCUGGCUGAACUAUUUUGAUGUACUGCUUAAUUUGGGGGAUUUUAUUUUUUAAGUUGUAUAAUUUAUUUUCUUGCAAAAUAAAAAUGUAAUAUAAAAUAUUAUGAAAGAA